AACCCAAAAGGCCAAAAAAAAAAAAACAUAGAAGCAGAAGGCGAAGAGAUAAGCGGAGUGGCGGGCACAUUUUCCGGCAAGAGCUCCGAUCAUUUACUGAUUAUUCUCCGGUUCCUGUGGCAUUGCGAUUCAGAGUAUUUUUUGUUUGAAAUGGCAAGUACUCUGAGGAACAUCCAUGGUAAGAGAUCUAAUUUCCAAUCUGAGUUUACUGGAAAUGGAGGAAGUAAGAGAAGAAAUCUUCAUGAUGAUACAGAUCACAAUGUCAUUGGAUCUGAGGACACUGUGUAUCGUUACUUGUGCCCCGUGAAAAAGACGGGAAGCAUUAUCGGGAAAGGUGGUGAGAUCGCAAAGCAGAUAAGGUCUGAGACAAAAUCAAACAUGAGGAUCAACGAGGCUUUACCUGGUUGUGAGGAGCGUGUUGUUACCAUAUAUUCUACUAGUGAGGAGUUAAAUCAUUUUGGGGAGGAUGGAGAACUUGUUUGUCCUGCUUUAGAUGCUCUUUUCAAGGUUCAUGACAUGAUUGUGACAGAGAUUGAUGCUGCUGCUGCUGAUGAUGACGAUGAUGAAGAUGAUGAUCUUAGUGAAAAACAAACGGUUACUGUGAGGAUGCUUGUGCCCUCAGACCAAAUUGGUUGCGUUAUUGGGAAAGGCGGGCAAGUUAUUCAGAAUCUGCGUAACGAAACCAAUGCUCAGAUUCGUGUCAUCAAAGAUAAGCUACCCGCUUGUGCUUUGACUUUGAGUCAUGAUGAGCUUCUUCAGAUAAUUGGAGAACCUUUGGUUGUUAGAGAGGCUCUGUAUCAAGUUGCUUCACUGCUUCAUGAUAAUCCGUCGCGAUUUCAACACUCACUCCUGACUUCUUCAAGCUCCAUGCAUCAACCUGGUGGAAUGUUAAUGUCUGCAGCAUUAACGAGCUCUCACAGAAACUACGCUAUGCAUAGAGACAUAGCUGAUGCGAGGGAGUUUUGCGUUUGCUUCAUCUGUCCGGCUGAAAAUGUUGGAGGUGUAAUAGGAAAAGGUGGUGGUUUUAUUAAUCAGAUCAGGCAAGAAACUGGUGCAACGAUUAGAGUCAAUACCUCGGAAACUAAUGAAGAGGAUUCCAUAAUCUUCAUAUCAUCAAAAGAGUUUUACGAAGAUCCAUCUCCAGCCGUGAAUGCAGCAAUACGCUUGCAAGUUCGAUGCAGUGAGAAAGUGGGCAAAGAUUCAAAUGAUUCAGCAAUAUCCACUCGUUUACUUGUGCCGAGUUCCCAAAUCGGGUGUGUCAUUGGAAAAGGUGGAGCUGUUAUAUCAGAGAUGAGGAGUGUAACACGAGCAAAUAUCCGUAUCCUCCAAAAAGAAAAUGUACCAAAAAUUGCGCGUGAAGAUGAAGAAAUGGUUCAGAUUACAGGAAACCCUGAUGCAGCUAUGAAAGCUCUUACGCAAGUAGUUUUGCGACUGAGAGCUAACUCUUUCAACAUGGAUCAUGGACUUGUCUUGCUGCCAACGUCUUUUCCAUAUUUCUCUCAAGUUACCGAAAGUUCGAGCAAAGCCAAAUACCCCAAACGCGAUGGUUCUAAAGAUCACGACUAUAGUAAACUGAAUUCGAAUUCCAAGAGAAGAAACCACGUUUCUUAAAUCGAGAAAAAAAGCAUCUUAGAAAGGUAAUGCUUUAUGGUUUUCUCUUCUAUUCAAGACCAAAGUAAAUUGAGAGUGUGUUCAUCAGUUUCAUAAAAUAUAAGUUGAUGCAAUUUUUUUUACAAAUAUAUGUUACUUGUAGAAAGAAAAAUGUUGUUUAUGCAGUUCAAAUAAGAGAAAUGUAAACCCGAGGGGUGUUCUUAUUCAUCUUUAAUUUCUACUUUGGACUAUAUUGUUUGAACUUUCACGAGUAAUUUCAA